GGUUCUUUCUGCCCCCGCUUACCCGCUCUGCACCACUACCGAUGCAGAGAAGACACGGAGCGGUGCAUCAACGCUGCAGUAAAUCUUAGCCUCGUUGCACGAAAUCCAUGAUCGAGAAUCACGGAUGAGCCGAUGCUUAGGGGGUAUAUAAAGACGAUCUGCUUCAAGGGUUUAUCAUUCGCUGAACACCACUCUGUGGUGCUGGCUCAUCCUUGGAAAACAAGGUAUCAGAGCCCCGACCAUCGCGAAAUCACAUUGCGCUUCAACCGUUGGUGAAAAUCUUUAUCGCUCGACGCACGGAUAUUUGAGAUGUUCAAGUGUGUCCUAGCCACCGCCAUAAUGGCGUUGGCUCUAGCGCGGCCAGAGCCGCCGGUGAAUUCGUAUCUGCCACCGGGUCGAGGUGGACAAAACGGUGGCGGCGGGUCCCCAGGUUUUGGCGGCAGCGGUGGACCGCCGUCGGAUCAAUACGGUCCACCAGGUUUUGGAGGCGGCGGUAGUUCCGGGGGCGGUGGUGGUCCCCCGUCAAACCAGUAUGGAGCACCAGGUUUUGGAGGUGGCAGCGGUCCUUCUGGUGGUGGCAAGCCAUCUAGCAGCUACGGACCGCCUGGUACAGGUGGUAACGGUGGUGGAAAUGGAUUUGGAGGUGGUAAUGGCGGAAAUGGAGGCGGUAGACCAUCGAGCAGCUACGGCGCACCCGGCGGCGCUGGCGGUAACGGAGGUGGGUUUGGAGGAGAUGGAAGCGGAAGUGGAAAUGGAAAUAGCGGUAGCAGACCAUCGAGCUCCUACGGUGCGCCAGGUGGACCAGGAAGUAACGGGGGUGGGUUCGGUGGAAAUGGUGGAAACGGAGGUGGCAGACCAUCGAGCAGCUACGGAGCUCCGGGUGGACCGGGAAGCAACGGCGGAGGUUUCGGAGGUGGAAACGGUGGUGGUAAUGGUGGCGGAAGCGGAGGUGGUAGACCAUCGAGCAAUUAUGGAGCUCCAAGUGGGUUAGGAGGCAACGGCGGAAGCUUUGGAGGUGGAAACGGUGGUGGAAACGGUGGCGGAAGCGGAGGUGGUAGACCAUCGAGCAGCUACGGAGCUCCGGGUGGACCAGGAAGCAACGGCGGAGGCUUCGGAGGUGGAAACGGUGGCGGAAACGGUGGUGGAAGCGGAGGUGGUAGGCCAUCAAGCAGCUACGGAGCUCCAGGUGGGCCAGGAAGCAACGGUGGACGUUUCGGAGGUGGAAAUGGAGGUGGAAAUGGAGGCGGAAGCGGAGGUGGUAGGCCAUCAAGCAGCUACGGAGCUCCAGGUGAGCCAGGAAGCAACGGUGGAGGUUUCGGAGGUGGAAAUGGAGGCGGUAGGCCAUCAAGUAGCUACGGAGCGCCAGGAGGUGCUGGAGGUGCUGGAGGCAACGGAGGAAGUAGACCAUCGAGUAGUUACGGAGCCCCUGGUGCCGGAGGCAACGGUGGUGGAUUUGGAGGAGGUAGCAACGGUAAUGGAAAUGGAGGAAGCGGAGCUGGCCGACCAUCGAGCAGCUACGGUGCUCCUGGCGCGGGAGGAAAUGGAGGUGGAUUCGGAGGUGGCAAUCCUUCUGACAGCUAUGGAGCCCCUGCUGCAGGUGCCAACAGAGGCGGCGGUGGAGGAGCCGAUGGUUACGCAUCUGGUGUGCCCGGAGGAAACGGCGGAGGAUUUGGAAAUGGUGGUAGCAGCGGAGGUGGUGGGAGCGGAUACGGCAGCGAGGGCGGUGAAGAUGGUGGAAACGAACCGGCGAAGUACGAGUUCUCCUACGAAGUAAAGGACGACGAGUCCGGCAGCAACUUUGGACACACCGAAACUCGUGAUGGCGACAGAGCUCAGGGUGAAUUCAACGUCCUCCUUCCCGACGGCAGGAAACAGAUAGUCGAAUACGAGGCUGAUCAGGACGGAUUCAAACCUCAAAUAAGGUACGAAGGUGAGGCUGGAUCCGAGGGUUACGGCUCCGGUGGACCAGGCGAAAAUGGCGGCAACGGAGGUUCCGGUUCCGGUGGAAACGGCGGUUACCCCUCCGGUGGGCCGGGUAGCAACGGAGGCGGAAACGAUGGAUACUCUUCCGGAGGACCCGGAAGCAACGGAGGCGGAAACGGUGGAUACUCUUCCGGAGGACCCGGAGGCAACGGAGGCGGAAACGGUGGAUAUUCUUCUGGAGGACCUGGUAGCAACGGAGGUGGAAGCGGUGGAUACUCUUCUGGAAGACCCGGAGGCAGCGGAUUCGGCGGAGGUAACGGAAACGGAAACGGAAACGGGAACGGUAACGGGGGCUACUCUUCGGGUGGUUCAAGUGGCGGUAACGGCGGAGGAUUCGGAGGCGGCGGAAACGGCGGUUACCCGUCCGGCGGACCAUCAGGAAACGGUGGAAACGGUGGAUUCGGAGGCGGACGAGGCGGUGGUGGUGGUGGAGGCGGAAACGGGAAUGGUGGCUACUCUUCCGGGGGUCCGAGCAGCGGUAACGGGGGUGGAAACGGGGGCGGUUACCCGUCGGGGAGCGGAGGUGACGCGGCGGCUAACGGAGGUUAUCAAUACUAAUCCGCACCGAUUUAGUUAGACACAAAUGGCCUGUUAUAUAAUGUAUUUUGUACGAACGUUCCCGCGGACGAUAAUAUCGACUUACCGGAUUAACUUAUUGUUUUUCAUUUAGCCAUACACGCACAGACAUACAAACGUAUAAUUUACAUACUAUAUACAUAUAUACUGUGUAAUCACCAUCUCGUGUUAUAUAUGUUAUUAUCAUUAUUAUAUCAUCAAGCCGCUAUAACGUACGUUAUAAUCGUACAAUACGCAAUAUACCUAGUUUUAUUUAACGCGUAACGCGAAACAAGCUCCGAUUCCGAUCAUGUCACCCGUAUAAUGUAAUCAUCCAUUAUCUCAGAUCUCGGCCCCGAGAUCAGCCUCAGGAUUUUCAAGGAUGGCUCGAGGUCAACGAUACGUUAUACAAUCAUGCUCACUUAAUUCGACAAGUUUGAUCUCUCUUAUUCAAUUUUCGUCCGGCAUGUUUGCCAGUUGCAUCAGUAGAGUUCGUUCCGUUUCUCCUAUAUCACAAAGUAGUAAAACUUCUAAUUAAUUUUUAGUCUUGUUUUUUAUUUUCUCUUAUAUGUAUUUAAUCAGAUCUCACUACGCAUCUCUCAUAGUUUAUACCUGUAACUCGGGAUCGUGCGGUUGCUAUAGUCUCGAUCACCUUUGUGUAUCACCGUAUUGAAUUAUUCACAAUUUAUGAAAAAUAACAAAUAAUAAUAAUAAACAUAAGACAUUAUACAAUGCUUGCGUACCUAGGUAAAUUGUACUGACU